AAUAACCCGCGAAUCGGACCCUUCCACUCUCUCGGUCUCUGCUUUCUUCUUCUUCUGAUUUCCAAUUUACGGUUCGCGAUCCCUAAUUGAUUUGACCAUUUUCUGCAAUUCUCGCGUUCUGCGUAUGGAGAAGAUGAGUGAGGUGGAUCCCACGUUAGAAGUAUUUUACGAGGAGAAGAAGCGGGUCCGCAACCCUUGGGUACCAGUUGGUGCGAUGUUGACUGCUGGUGUGCUCACCGCCGGCUUAAUCAGUUUCAGGCAAGGCAAUUCUCAGUUGGGCCAGAAGCUAAUGAGAGCUCGUGUCGUUGUCCAAGGUGCCACAGUGGCUCUUAUGGUUGGCAGUGCAUACUACUACGGGGAUAAUCCGUGGAAAAAGCCAAGUUAAAUUAUUCGAUGGUAUUAUUGUUCUUCGUUAUUGCAGCUAUUCGAUGGUGUCCAUGAGCUGCAUAGCUUGCGCUAAAUAAAUAACAUUUUUCAAAGGAAAAGUAUGGAGGAUCAUUGCGUUGUAAUUGUAAGCCAUGUUCAUCUUGAAUGUCCUUAUAACAAUCAAAUAGUCGACAUUCAAGUCUUCAAUGUUCUUAUGGCUCGUGGGUCGCUCGAGCUGUUUACGCA